AUGUUCUCCUUCAUUCUCCUCCGCGCUUUGCUCCCGGUGCUGGCUUCCUCGGACGGCACGACAGCAUGCACAAUCUGGAACAACGAAGACCAAGCAAGCAGCUACCACCCGGCCAUCAGCAACGCCUCGUCACGUCCGGCAGACUCGUCACUCAAGCAAUUGAUCCUCGGCCAAGUGUGGAGGGCCCCAUCGUCAUCAACAGCCGCUUACCCGCCCACUAUAAACCAGCCGACGCAGCCGAUGUCGCUCUGUGGGCUCGGUGGCUGUGCCACAACGCAGACCACUAAUCCGUUCAACUUUUUCGUGCAGGUUAGUAAAUCGUGCAGUCUUUUCUCUAAAAAAACAAGUAACUACUUUUUGAUACAGCUGCCGAGCCCGCAGUGUUGCGUUGUCAUUUCGAUUGAGUGCUUCCAUGUCAUCCGUUCCUUGCUGUUGCAAUCGGGGGACAUCGAAACUAAUCCUGGUCCUGAUACUAACGCCAUACUAGCCGAGCUAAAAAAACUAUCCACCGGUCAAUCGAAAUUACUUGCAGAGGUACAAGACCUUAAAACCCAGCUAUUAACAACAGAUAAAGCGAUAUCAGAUUUAAGCGGGCGCAUGACUGCGCUCGAAAACCAUUAUCAAAAUCUCGCCCCCGUGCGCACCGAAUUAGAAAAUGUAAAAAUCGAGACGGCUCAGACGGCCCGUUUGGUCUGUGGCUUGGAGGCACGCUUCGACGAUGCCGAAAAUCAUUCUCGACGCAACAACCUCAUUUUCUAUGGCAUCCCUAACUCCACUGGACCAGAAACGUUUGCCCAAUCAGAACAGCUCGUCAUCCGGCACUGUCGUGAUCACUUGAACAUAACCAUAGACCCCAAAGAAAUAGAGCGUGCACAUCGUCUUGGACAUCACACAUCUGACCGCCCUCGCCCAGUAAUCGUUAAAUUCACGUUCUAUAAGACAAAAGACACCAUACUAUCUAAUGGCCGCAAGUUCAAAGGAACAAGUUUCAGUGUUGGCGAAGACUUUUCUCGGCCCGUCCAAAAUGCUCGCAAACACCUACUUGCGUUUGCAAAAAGCAAAAAUACGCCGUUUUCUUUACGGUUUAAAACACUACUUAUGGGCCCGAAACGCUAUAUUUUUGAUGAACCAUCACAGACAGUAAGGGAAACAGCAUAGCAAUUGCCCCGUCAGAAGAAAAUAACAGCCCCCUCUCGGAAUUCUACCAAAACUAAUCUUUCAUUUUCCGUAAUCUUCACCAACGCGCGAAGCUUUCUUCCGAAACGAGAAAUUUUGUCUAAUCUCGUGUUGUCCUCUUGUAGUAAUUUGUUGAUAUUAACCGAAACCUGGCUGUCUAAAGAAAUCACUGAUGCUGAAGUUCUGGCCGAUUUGCCGGACUUCCGCCUUUAUAGAAAUGACCGCCAAGCCACACGAGGAGGAGGUGUUCUCAUCGCCGUACACCAGCAGUUGUCAUGUUCUAUUGUUAACAUUACAUCCGACCUUGAAAUACUAUGGAUCAUAUGUCGCGCUUCACCUCAGACGGUUCUUUUGGGAGUCUGCUACAGGCC